GAUCUUGACUACGCUAAAAUCCCAAAGGAGAUGAGACAAUUCGAAGUCUCUAAAUCAAGGAAAGCAUGCUCAUCAAAAGAUAAUCCAAUGUGGGUUGGAUCAAAACCCAUUCAUAGUCACCAAAUUAGUCCAAAUGUAUGCUGAUUUUGAUGAUUUGGUGUCUUCCCGGAAGUUGUUUGACAACUUGUUAAAACCAAAUGUCUUUGCUUGGACCUCAAUCCUGGGAUUCUAUUCAAGGCACAGAAUGCAUGAAGAAUGUGUAGGAGCAUAUGUUGAAAUGAUUUUGAAUGAUGUUUUGCCUGAUGGGUAUGUGUUUCCUAAGGUCUUAAGGGCAUGUGCACAGUUGUCGUGCUUGAAAGUGGGAAUUGUGGUUCACAAAGAUGUGAUUAUAUGUGGGGUUGAGCUUAAUCUUCAAGUUUGCAAUUCAUUGAUAGAUAUGUAUUCGAAAUGUGAGGAUAUUGGGAGUGCUAAAAGGGUUUUUGAUGAGAUGGUGGGAAGAGAUUUGUGGUCAUGGAAUUCAAUGAUCUCAGGAUACGUAUGUAAUGGGUUGCUUGGAUUGGCAGUAAAACUAUUUGAUUGUAUGAAUUUGGGUGGUUGUGAGCCUGAUAUUGUCACUUUGAAUACAGUAAUGGAUGCUUAUUGCCGAAUGGGGCACUGUAACAAGGCUAAGAGAAUCUUUGAACAGAUUAAGGAGCCUAAUAUCAUUUCAUGGACCACCUUGAUAUCAGGAUAUUCAAGGAUUGGGAGUCAUGAAGCAUCCUUGAGGAUUUUCAGGGAUAUGAUAGGAAGCAGCAUGGUUGACCCUGAUUUGGAUUCUCUUUCUACUGUCCUUGUCUCCUGUCGGCAUCUGGGGUCUUUGCUAAAUGGAAAAGAAAUUCACGGUUAUGGGAUAAAAAGGGAAUCUGGCAUUGCAUUUUACCACUCAGCUGGCCCUGCAUUGUUGACAAUGUACGCCAACUGCCGUAGAAUUCAUGAUGCUACAAAUGUAUUUAAAUUAAUGAACCCAGCCCAUGUUGUUUCUUGGAAUGCCAUGAUUCUUGGCUUUAUUGAUUUAGGACUGGAGGAUUUGGCACUUGACAGUUUCAGAAGAAUGCAAAGAGCACGCAUCAACGUUGACCAAACAACAAUAUCCACGAUCUUGCCGGCGUGCAAUUUGAAAUUUGGAAAACAAAUUCAUGCCUUCAUUAGGAAAAUUAGUUUUGAUUUGGUUGUUCCGGUGUGGAAUGCACUGAUCCACAUGUACUCUAAAUGUGGAUGCAUUGGUUCUGCAUACUCUGUAUUUUCCAACAUGAUCAAUAGGGAUUUAGUGUCAUGGAACUCAAUGAUUGGAGGCUUUGGAAUGCAUGGGCAUGGAAGAGCUGCUCUUCACCAUCUCAAAGAGAUGAAUCAUUCAGGGAUUUGCCCCAAUUCUGUAACUUUUACUUCUGUUUUGUCAGCUUGUAGUCACGCAGGUCUUGUGGAUGAAGGCCUUCAAGUCUUUCACAGUAUGAUGAAGGAGUACGGCGUCAUCCCCAGCAUGGAACAUUAUGCUUGCAUUGUUGACAUGCUGGCACGUGAUGGUCAACUUGAAGAUGCAGUUAGUUUUAUUCAUAGGAUGCCUUUGGAGCCUGAUAAGUGUAUUUGGGGAGCUCUGUUAGCUGCCUGCCGAGCCCAUCAAAAUGUUAAUGUUGCAAAGCUUGCUGCUGAACAAUUAGUCCAGUUGGAACCGGGAAAUGCCGGGCACUAUGUCACCCUGUCAAAUAUAUAUGCAAGAGCUGGAAGAUGGGAUGAAGCUGUACGAGUGAGAAAGCAAAUGGAAGCCCAAGGAUCGGUGAAGCCAUCUGGAAAUAGUUGGUUUGAAUGCGGAAACGGGACAAAUGAAAUAUCUAAUGAAUAGAAGUAUGGAUACUUUGUGUUCAAAAGCUUUGGAUGAGCUUGGUCCUAAUACUUAAUCCCAUGUGACCGGCCUUCAAUUUGUACAACUAAUUAAUUAGGCAGGAUUUUGCGAAUUCAUUCGGGGCACUUGAGGGCAUAAUGAUAAGCCAAGCAAGGCCCAUCCCAGGAACCCAAAAUGCACAAAUAAAAGGAAUGUGAGUGAGAUAGAGAGAGAGAAGGGUCAAAAGCCAAACCAUGUAAGAGCGAGAGAAUGGUAAGUGCAAGCGCAAUGUGUGUUGUGCAACCCAAAAUCCUCUCCUCUCUUAUGGGAAACUGCCUCCAUCAGUCAAAGCAGCCUGCUCACCAACUUUUCCGCUUCAACCCUGGUCCUGGUCCUUCACUUUUGUACUUCUUUAAUUUUUGGUUAUUGAUAAUAGUAUUUCUGA